AUGCAACUGGUUAAGCAAGCGAUGAGCUGGAACGCGACCUCCUUCUUCACCGGGUCCUUUGACCUAGAGGACGAGGUGAAGGUGUUGGGUGACUACACCGUUGGUCAUCGCCUCGGCGAAGGCGCGUAUGGCUCUGUCUACCUCGUCAAGUACCUCCCAUCGGGAGACCGCUAUGCACUGAAGAUUUUGCAGAAGCAAGAUCUCUUCAACACCUCUGGUAUAUACCCCAUCGCUUACUACCACUCAUACGGCGGUGCAUCACCGCGGGAAGGUGACGGUGCAGAGUCGUGCCCGCUUGGCGGGAUUCCUGUCUCCAUGGCAUCCGCCUUGGCCAAUACCCUUGAGCAGCAGAUCAUCUCCGAGGCAAUGGUGAUGCAGGCCCUCGAGCACCCUCACGUGGUGAAGUUCUACAAGUUCCUGAAUUCCACGACGGCCUUUUACUUCAUGAUGGAACUGGCGGAAGGCGGGAAGCUGCUUGACCUGAUUCUCUUCAAGAACUACUUUUCUGAGGACGAGGCGCGCAUGUACUUCCAGCAGCUGAUCUCCGCCAUUGACUACUGCCACCGCAACGGGGUCGCACACAAGGACUUGAAGGCAGAGAAUUUGCUGCUGAGCAAUGACGGCCGUCUCCUGGUCUGCGACUUCGGCUUCUCCUUGAAGAUUGCAAAGGAGAACAUCGACGACCCGGAGAAGACAAUCGUCACAGGCGACAACGCUGCGCUGCUUGACUCCACUGGGAAUGGGUGUGUGUUUGGGACACUGCACUACACCAGUCCGGAGGCGGUGAUGGCGUCCUCGCAGCAGCAGAAGCUCACCUUCGUGGGUGACAGCAUGGCAGUGCCGGCAGAGACAUCGGGAAUCCCGGAGGACCAAUCGGAGGGUCUCGCUCACUGCCCUCUUGCCCCUACCGUGGCAGCCUCGUCCAGUUCCAGUGUUUCGUCAUCCUCGUUGUCGCACAGCGUCUCGUUCGGGCAAGGAUGGCGACGGAGGGCAGCAGGGUUGACCACCUCAAAGCGCUGGAAGAUGCACGGCAAAUUCAGCGUCAAGGGUAACGGCACCAACCUUGACGCGUCCCACCGCAUCACUCCGACCGACGAGGCCGAAGCAGUACAGAGGCUGCCGGCGGAGGAGGGAAGGGUACGGCCCAGUCCUUCUCUGCGGCGCACAGGCAGCGCCCAGAGUCUCGCCAGCGACACCAACGGCCCCAGGCACAAGGGAGUGUCGCCCACCAGCGGGCUUAACAGGUUCGGGGAGGGGCUUAGCAUGUUCGUAAAAUUUCUCAUGGGCAGCAGCGUCAACUCCAGUGGCGGCCGCCAAGCCCACGACUCGCAUGCGCGCAGCAGCCACGCUAAGUCACCGAAAGCGAAGCAGAGAGCGACAGCCGUGCUAUCAAGCGCUGAGGCCACGGCCAAGCUGAAACGCUCAAGCAGCACUGCUAGCUUCCCUGACAGCAGAGAAAUGGAAGGAGGCACAUCUGAGGCACAUCAACCGCUGCGGCAUCUCUCCGCUGACACUUCCUCUCACGAACGUGUGCUGAUGCUAUCCUCCGAUGUAUCGUCGUCCGUGUCUCCCACCACCUCGCCCUUUGCGACCUCGUUGAGCUCCGAGUUGGUGGACACGGCAGCAGCGCGUAUCGCAGCUUACCCGAGCGCUACCGCCACCGCAAAGCCCAGUAUGCCCUUGCCAUCCAUCAGCAGCCCAACUACCUCGAAACCUGCCGUCACAUCUCCAGCACUCCGCCAUCCGGACACGGAGGACGUUGUUGCCGUUUCGGACGUCAACGCGAAUGGCCUUUACUCUCCCGACACGGCAUUUCGCAGGGAUGCAGUCAGUGCGCAGCGCUUGGCUCUGCCGGCACCACAGAUGACUGCUUCGGUGCUGGAUGCGCCGAGGUCGCGCAGCGCGUUUCCGCAGUUCUCCCACCACUGCCACCAGACUCAUGACCACAAGCAUCACCACCGCCGUCGGCAGCAGCGAUCCGACACCAGCAGCCGGGUUUUUAGUGCGUCGACGCCCAAUAAGUUGCAACCCAUCAUUGUGGACCCCUUCCAGCAAGACUUGUGGAGUGCCGGCGUCAUUCUUUUCUUCAUGCUGACUGGUCGGCUGCCCUUUGACGGCCGAGAUGAUGAGGAGACGCUGCACUUGAUUCAAGUGACCGAGUUUGCCUUUGACGAGGAGGAGGUGAAGCGCAUCUCGCCGGCCGCGCGGAGGCUGGUGAUGCAGAUGUUGGCACAAGAACCAACGGACCGGCCCACCAUCGAGCAGAUCAUCGCAAACCAGUGGUUUAGGCGGGACUUGCAACUCGAGAAGGACUUCCCGCACCGAAAGGACCUGAUAGAGGCGCUGCGAGGCGCAACACCGGACUCGGUGCAGCAGCACCCUCUCCCUCAAAAGUCUGCCAAAAGUGCGGGGCUCGCGGCCGACGGGUACGGCGGACAGAGCGGCGCCGGCUGCGGAAGCGACGGAAGUGCCUGCGCGAGCACCAGCCGUGACGUGCCGAACUCUUUUGGCAGCAACGUGGCCAACGCCCGCGCAGAGUCACCUCUAUUUCACUCCUCCCACCGUGACAUGCGCAUACCUGCUACGCAGGUACCGUCGUGCAACAUUUCAUUCUGCGCGGGGUCGUCUGCGCGCCCGGGCAGCGCGCCCGGCCUCGGCCCCGGCUCUGGCCCGCAGCGCGACACCCCCACGUUCGCCACCUGCGACUUCUUGGACUUCUCCACACAUCACCCCGUUACCCCAGAGGAGGAGCGGGUACUCGAGACGGCAUUUCGAAAGGUCGACCCCGACGGCUACGGCUGCAUCACACGAGACCAGGUGCGCGACAUGCUAACCACCCUCCACGGCGAUUUCGUCCCAACCGAGGACGUCGACGAACUUGUGCGUCUCUUCACCGGAGACGCGAGUGCCGCCAGCAUCACCUUCGAGCAGUUCCGCGACGCGUGGGUGAGCAAGGACCUGGCUCACAUCCCCUUCACUCAUAGCAGCGAGUUUCAGCUGGUCAACAUCAUCGGAACGGAGAUGGAUGCGGUUGAGCAGGGGGUGAUUCGGGAGCUGCGGAAAGCGUUCAACAGUCUUGACGAAAACCACCGCGGCGUCAUUCAGCUCCAUCAGGUGCAGCACGUCUUUGAAAAGCACCACAUACCCGUGCACAAAGAGGAGUGUCUCUCCUUCAUCAAGUACUUCCACGAGACAGAACUGACUCGCUGCCCCAAGCGGGCUUUUUUUUACUCGCAGCGGUGGGGAGCAACGCCGACCACGAUGAGCCUCUCGCCCCCCUCUGGGGUAUCAUUACCUCUGGGGUUUGCAAAAGCGCGUUCGCUGCCGUCCACGACAGGCAUCACUCGGGGCCGGAGCUCAACAACGACGCAGCAAGGCGCCACCUCAUCUACACUGCCAUCCACGAACGACGCCUCUGACCCUGUCACAGGAACGACGAUCCCUACCACUCGUGGCACAGUCUGCAGCGGCUCGCAGACCUCGUUGCCGCCGCCUGACUCCCCCAUGUCACCGUCCUCCAUCGCCGUCUCCUUCGACUCCUUUGUGCGCGGCAUCGUGAAAAGCGACAUUCUGCUGAAGCACCCUCUUGGUCGCAAGCUGGCUGCUGCCACGAACCUCGCCGCACUGUUUCAAUCACGCAACGUAACCGAGUGCAUUCAGCACGGCUUUCUCGUCACUGGUCUGCAGGGCGUCAUAUUGGAGAAGCUGACGAGUGUGCCGGAGCGACUGCUGCUGUUGUGCUCAGGCGAGAUAAUCUCCAACACCGAGAACAUCUACUCGUUUCGGUAUCUUGGCUCCUCGGUGCUGACAACGGGAGCCACGAUGCGCACGACGACGUCGCCGUUGAUGUCCUCGUCAGUGGCGACCACGGCAUCAAGCACAGAACCAGCGACGCCUUCGGUGUCGCGAUGCUGCCCCGUCAGCUCAGACGCUAGCAACGGCGCAGCAGGCAGCACAGUAGCGACGAGCAGCCCAGGUUCCCUCCCCCAUAACUCUGUUGUUUCCUCCUCGGAUCGAAGCACCGUGUGUGCGCUCUCUGCAUGCACGCAGCCGCCGCUUGCCAGCCUCCACAACCUCUCGCGGGCAAACUCUCUCGGUUCUGCCGCAGACUUCCUCAGCCCAGAGCAGGUGAGCUGCAAUACGCUCACAGGCCGCAGCGUCUUGGUCUCACAGUCGAAACAAAGCACCACCGUGCCGAUUCUUCGUUCGUCAAACCGCGCCAGCGCUACUGUCAACGCCGCUGCACACCCGGCGACGACACUGAGCGCUGUCGCCGGGGGAAUGAAUCGGAGUCGCUCCCUCGCCCUUCCCUGCCGCUCGAGCUUGCUGCAGCCCUUGCCGGUGUCGCACCGCACGGGCUGUAACGGUGACGACACGCACAGUACCGUUUCUUGCUCGCACAACAGCUCCCCCAUUGUGAACGCCGCCAUCAACGACAGUCAUAGCAACAGCAGCCGUGGUGCCCUCUCCUUUGGGUUGGGUGAGGAACUCGAGGGUCUGACAUCCACACCGGCGGCUGGCGGGCGGCGGAGGGUCAAGGACGAUGUCAAGCCGCCCAACCCAGCCUCUAGGGGCCCCAAGAACAACAGUUUAAUCACCACCGCUGGCAAGGCUGGCGUGUGUCAGCGAAGGCAGCAUGACACUACCGACCCUGCCGCCCUCGGCGAAGCAGAGAAGCGAAAGGAAAGGUCGAAGGUGUCGGCAGCGCGGGGACCGGCAAAGGGCGCUCGGCCGCUGCGGCACUCCUCGGCUCGCACCGGUGCGUCCUUGUCAUCUCGACUCGCAGCAGCCGCUCGUCUUACACCACCGCCGUGGCUUACUUCGACGCAAAGCACGGGCGUCGAGGUGUCAUCAAGCCUUCCGCACAACGCCAAUGUGAGUUCCUCAGCGAAGGUGUUUCCACAAGCUCAGGUGACCCCGUCCCUCCUGGCCGCUCACUCGGUGGCGGUGAUGAAUGACGUGUGUGACAUGGAUGUUAUUCUGUCACCUGCCAGCAUGGGCUACACAAUGGUGCAGUUCCGCCUCAUUCGUGGCAAGACAAGUGACUUCCAUGAGGCUGUAACAUUUAUUUCGAAUGUGCUCGAGAGGGAGCGGGAGCAGGCGAUGCAAGACACCAUGACGUGCGGGGAGAGUGAGCUCAUGUGA